AUGCCGGAUAAUCAGUUUAGAAUCAUUGUGGGUUCUUACGAACACAAUCUAUUAUGUUUAUCUUUGAACUUAUCGUUAACCCAACCGCUAUUCACGCCAAUAUUUCAUUUUCAAGCGCACUCAUUGAGUGUGAAAUGUCUAGACAUAUCAAAGAGAUACCUAGUAUCAGGAUCGAACGAUGAAAAUAUAAGAAUCUACGAUUUACAAAAACGUAAAGAAUUGGGGACGUUGUUAGGACAUCAAGGUUCCAUUACGAAUUUGAGAUUCUCAAGAGGUAAAGAUGCCGAUGGCCAGGAUAUCCAACUCAAUAAAUGGCUACUAUCUGCAUCUGAGGAUCAUAAAAUAAUAGUAUGGAGAGUGAAAGACUGGGAAAAUUUCGGAACCUUGAAGGGCCAUACUGCCAGGAUCAACGAUUUCGAUAUUCAUCCUUCGAACAGAGUUGCAGUCAGUGUAAGUGAAGAUCAUUCGAUCAGAUUAUGGAACCUCAUGACUGUUAAGAAGGCAGGUGUAUUGAAACUAAGGAAAUAUAAUCAAAACGGACAGUUCGUUAGAUGGUGCGGGGAGAAUGGGUCGUAUAUUGCUGUUGGUUUGUUGAACAAAUUGCUAAUUUUCAAGACCGAAACAGCAAAGGUGCAUAGAGAAAUCGAUUUUAGCAGGAAUACAUUGAUGCAUCUAGAGCGUGAAAUCAUUGAUGGCGAAGAGUAUAUUGUUGUUGGAUUGAACAGUGGUGCCGUUCAAUUCUGGAAAGCAUCAAAACUUUACGAAGAAGUGCCAGAUGAAGAGGAAGAAUCACCUAAGUUGGAAGCUGAAUUUUCACUAUUGGGUCACAGUAACCGUGUAAAGGACUUUCAAUUUUACCAUAACAAGUUUGGUCAUUAUUUAGUUACAAUCGGAUCUGAUGGAAGAAUUGUCGUUUGGGACAUGAAGACUAGGGAUCAAGUUGCGGUAUACGAUUGUGGUGAAAGAUUAAAUUGUGUAGCUGUAUGCGAUGAAAGUAUUGAAAAAUAUGAUACCGUUAAGAAGAGAGCACCAGAAGAAGUUGAGGUGGGAGAACCAAGUGACGUAGAAGCUGAUCCUGAGGAACUCAAAAAGAUCAUGCUUGGGAAAAAGGCCAAGAAGAGUAAAAAGAAGGGCGGAAACAAGAAAAGGAAGGUCGAAGUUCAAUUAGAAUAG